CGACAAUGCCCCGCACGCUGGGUUGGCGACCUUCCCGAUUGAUCCAGGUCCGCCGUCCUAUCGCCGCCAUCACUCGUCCGACAAAACCAUUCUUCUCCCCGCCGGCUUCUGUCUCCCCUUUCUCCCUCACCAAAACAUACCUGACCGAGUCGACCCGCGCCCACCAAGCUCGCAAAAUGGCUCCCCAACUCGACAGCUACUUCCAAAAGGUGGACUCCCUGUCGGACCACUUCAUCGACCGCCUGCGCCAGGCCGUUGCCAUCCCCUCCAUCUCGUCCGAGGCUGCCCGCCGUCCCGAUGUCGUCCGCAUGGGCCAGUGGCUCGCCGAUGAGCUGACCAAGCUGGGCGCCACCGUCGAGCUCCGUCCUCUCGGCAAGCAGGAGGGCACCGACCUCGAUCUCCCUCCCGUCGUCCUUGCCCGCUACGGCAACGACAAGAACAAGCGCACCAUCCUCGUCUACGGCCACUACGACGUCCAGCCCGCCGAAAAGAGCGACGGCUGGGACACGGAGCCCUUUGACCUGACCGUCAAGGAGGACGGGCGCAUGUGCGGCCGUGGUGCCACCGAUGACAAGGGCCCCGUCCUGGGCUGGCUCAACGCCAUUGAGGCUCACAAGGCCGCCGGCGUCGACUUCCCCGUCAACCUCCUCAUGUGCUUCGAGGGCAUGGAGGAGUACGGCUCGGACGGUCUCGAGGAGCUCGUCAUGGCUGAGGGCAAAAAGUACUUUGCCGAUGCCGACGCCGUUUGCAUCAGCGACAACUACUGGCUCGGCACCGAGCGUCCCUGCCUGACCUACGGUCUCCGUGGCUGCAACUACUACAGCGUCGAGGUUUCCGGCCCCGGUGCCGAUCUUCACUCUGGUGUCUUUGGCGGUACCGCCCAGGAGCCCAUGACCGACCUCGUCCGCAUCCUUGCCUCGCUUGUCGACACGGACGGCAAGAUCCAGAUCAAGGGCAUCGCUGAGCAGGUCGCCCCUGUGACCCCUGAGGAGGAUGGUUUGUACGAUGACAUUGCCUUUACCAUGGAGACCCUCCACGAGUCGCUCGGUAGCAAGACCACCAUCUUCGAGGACAAGAAGAAGACCCUCAUGGCCCGCUGGCGCUUCCCUUCCCUGUCCAUUCACGGUGUCGAGGGUGCCUUUUCCAACCCUGGAGCCAAGACCGUCAUUCCCGCCAAGGUCAUCGGCAAGUUCUCGAUCCGCACCGUGCCCGAUAUGGAGAUUGAGAAGACCAACCAGUGCGUGUACGAUCACGUCAACGAGGUGUUCAAGAAGCUCGGCUCCAAGAACACCAUGAAUGUGUACGCCCAGCACUGCGGCAAGUGGUGGAAGGCCAGCCCCAACCACUGGAACUUUGCUGCUGCUGCCAAGGCUACCGAGCGUGUCUGGGGCAUGAAGCCCGAUUUCACUCGCGAGGGUGGUUCCAUUCCCAUCACCUUGACUUUCGAGGAGGCUACUGGCAAGAACGUCCUUCUGCUGCCCAUGGGAAGCUCCACCGACGGUGCUCACUCCAUCAAUGAGAAGCUUGACAAGAAGAACUACAUUGAGGGCAUCAAGCUCUUGGGUGCCUAUCUGCACUACGUUGCUGAGGAGCCCAUGAACGCUUAAGCGGGAGUGGUUGCUGUUGGGAGGAGUAGCAGCAUGGAGUGCGGCGUCAUGCGUGGACACAUUUUGUGUCAGUGGAUGAUGUUGGAAAGUAGUCAAUUAGUUCAGUUCGAAAUACCCAUUAUGUGAUACCAGUUCCACACCGGUUCGAACACCUUGCGCUAAUGCCUUAGACCGAUGAUGCCCUAUAUCGUAUCCCCAUCCGUGCCCCAGCGCUAUGAGUAAAAAGAAAAAAUGAAGCCAGUGAAUCAAGAAAACGGAAAACCCAUAUCAACGUUCUAGGUGAAGUAGAGCUUCCAAAUAACCGCAAAACGCCCCGUCCUAGGUAGUCCCGUAGUUCUGGAGAUCCGAUACGGAAAGCAUCACUUGCAGCCAGACCACCAUACCAGCCAUGAAGCGUCCAAAUGAAAUGCCCAAAAGACUCGCUCUGGCUAGGAACACACACUCCAUUCGUCAAGCCAAGGUCCAAAUGAUAAUCUGAUGACCACUUGACAUCCAUGCAAACGCUCGCCACUAUGCCGGAAUUCGAGCACGAUGCUCAGUAUUCAGCUCAGCUCCAUGAGACUACCUCUAGUAAUGGCAGCCCAUACUCCCACAUUCUCCGACCAAAGCAAACAACUCCGGCUAACAGGUCAUCCAUCACGACCAAAAAAGCCCUCCCCUAGGCGGCUUCAUGUUGGUCAGCUUCCCCUUGCGCCGCUUAGCCACGGUCUCGGC